UUCCCAUCAACUUACCCUACCCCCAGUGUCUUUAAAUACAUCUUGUAUCUUCUUCAUGUAAAUUCAACAAAACAAAACCAAAAAAAACACUCUACCAUCUUCUCAAACAUGAAUGACACUAUAGUUCUAUAUCCUGCUCUAGGUAGUGGACACUUAAUGUCCAUGAUUGAAUUAGGAAAACUAAUAUUAACUCACCACCCUUUGUUUUCCAUUAAAAUUCUAAUUCUUACACCACCCACCAAAAACACAAACACCAACAAAGACACCCUUUCCCCACAAGAACAAUACAUUGUCAAUGUUUCAGCCACAUUUCCGUCAAUUAAUUUCCACUAUAUUCCUCCAAUUUCAUUCUCUACAACACUUCCAACACACUUACUUACACUUGAAGUCUCACACAAAAGCAACCAUCAUGUUCACAACAUUCUCAACUCCAUUUCCAAAACCACAAACUUCAAAGGUAUUAUCUUAGAUUUCCUCACCUAUAGUGCCUCACAAGUCACCACCAACCUUGAAAUUCCUACUUACUUUUACUAUACUUCAGGUGCUACCAUUCUUUCCACUUUCCUUUACUUUCCAACCAUUCACCAAAAAGCUACAAAACCCAUCAAGGAUCUUCAUAUGCCUCUUAAAAUUCCCGGGUUACCAAAGAACUUUUCGACAGACGAUUACCCCGAUGAAGCUAAGGAUUCUGAGAGUAAAGGUUGCAAGAUUUUGCUUGAUUCGGCGAAAACAAUGAGGGAAUGUGCUGGGAUUAUUGUGAACACUUUUGAUGCUAUUGAAGAAAAAGCUAUUAAAGGUUUGAAUGAAGGGGUAUGUGUUCCUGAUGGAACAACUCCAUCCAUUUUUUGUAUUGGACCUUUGAUUACAUCUUCUUAUGGAGGAGAUGAAAAUGGGUGUUUGAUUUGGCUUGACUCGCAACCUAGUCAAAGCGUCGUGUUUUUGAGUUUUGGAAGCAUGGGGAGAUUUUCUAAGGCUCAGUUGAAUGAGAUAGCUAUUGGAUUGGAGAAAAGUGAGCAAAGAUUCUUAUGGAUUGUAAGGAGCGAGUCAAACUUGGAGGAACUUAGUUUGGAUGACUUGUUGCCAGAAGGGUUUUUGGAGAGGACGAAGGAAAAGGGAAUGGUGGUGAGAAAUUGGGCACCACAAGAUGCAAUAUUGAGUCACGAAUCAGUUGGUGGAUUCGUGACUCACUGUGGAUGGAACUCAGUGUUGGAAGCUAUUUGUGAAGGAGUGCCUAUGAUUGCAUGGCCUUUGUAUGCAGAACAAAGGUUGAACAAAAUGAUUUUGGUUGAGGAAAUGAAGGUGGCUUUGGAACUAAAUGGGUCAAAAAAAGGGUUUGUGAGUGGAAAUGAGUUGGGGGAGAGAGUUAAGGAGUUGAUGGAAUCAGAAAAAGGGAAAGAGAUUAGAGAGACAAUUUUGAAGAUGAAAACAAGUGCUAAGGAGGCAAAAGGAGGAGGUGGAUCUUCUCUUGUUGAUUUGAAAAGGUUAGGAGAUUCUUGGAGGGAGCAUGCUUCUUUGACUAGUUUAUCUCCAAAUUCCCCAUUGGUUUUUGCUUGAAAAAUAGAGAAUUAGUUUGUAUUUUGUUAUAUCACACAUUGUAAAACUAGUUCCUAAAAUGAGUGGAAAUGAGUUGAAAAUUAGUGCUAAGGAGGCUCGUUGUAUUGAAUAAGUUGGCUCAGUUGUGCAAGCAUAAGUAGCAGUGUGACCUAUUAUUAUGUAUUGUAACCUAUUAGACCCAUCUUGAUGUAGUAGUCGUAACCUAUUUUAUUACUUUGUUAAAAAACUA